AUGUCCCCGCCCGCUAUCAUCGCGCCGUCAAUUUUGUCGGCAGACUUCGGAGCGCUGGGCAAGGCUUGCUCAGACACCAUCUCCCAGGGUGCCGACUGGCUUCAUGUCGAUAUCAUGGACGGCCACUUCGUGCCCAACAUGACCUUCGGUGCCCCAGUCGUCACCAAGAUUCGCUCCCACGUCGACCGCCCCACUACUGCACAUGGAAAGGGAACAUUCGACUGCCACAUGAUGAUUGCAGAGCCCAAGAAGUGGGUUCGCGAGUUCAAGAUGGCCGGAUGCGAUUUGUACUGCUUCCACUACGAAGCUGCCAUCUCGUCUACCGCCGCCGAGGAACCAUCUGAGAUUUCUAAUAAGAAGACCUCGCCAAAAGAAUUGAUCAAAUACAUCCACAGCGAGGGCAUGCAAGCUGGUAUUGCCAUCAAGCCAAGCACAAAGGUGGACGUGCUGUGGGAUAUUCUGGAGAAUUCGAACAAGGAUGAGGUUCCUGACAUGGUUCUCAUCAUGACCGUUGAGCCCGGAUUCGGUGGUCAGUCUUUUAUGGCUUCCGAGCUUCCAAAGGUUACCGCCCUUCGUCAGAAAUACCCCGAACUUCACAUCGAGGUCGAUGGCGGUUUAUCUGAGAAGACCAUUGAUCAAGCCGCCGAUGCCGGCGCCAACGUAAUUGUCGCUGGGAGUGCCGUUUUUGGCGCCGCCGAUCCAGGUGAUGUAAUUAAGAAGCUUCGCGACGCUGUCGAGGCAAAGAGAGGCAAAUUGUGA